AUGGACGACAAGGAAGGGGAGGAGGAGAAAGGGCUUAGUGUUUCAAGUCCUGCCCUCUGUUCUGUUUCUCCUCCUGCUCUCUGCUUGGAAAGAGGGGGAAGGAGACACGAUUCAACAGUUACCACAGGAAACGGAAGAGACCGACAGACAGAAGUCAUUUCAAAACCCUGGGGCCGAGUAGAAGAAUCACUCCGUUUGCGUUUGCAGGGUUCUCCUCCUCCAAAACCCUUAUCAGCCGCUCCUUACCUCUCCUACUGGCUCCUUCUUCUCCUCCUUUCUCUUUUUGUGGCAACCAGCCCCCACCCUGACCUCCAGGAGAAGAUCUCUUCAACAAAAAGAGGAGAUGCCCCCUCAGCCACAUGUGAAGAGAAGUUUCCUGGAAUUCCUCAAGAGCUUUAUCGGGAUUGUACGGGUCCUCCAGAUCCUCCUGGGAGCCGGGCUUUGGGUCACCAUCGCAGCCAACAAGUAUGAGGGCUCCAUUCACUAUGUGCUGUUUGUGGCUGUGCUUUUUUGGCUCCUCACAUUAGCCAUCUUCAUCCUCACGCUUCUGGACAAGCAGGACCUCGUUCCCGUCCUCGGAGGAGAACGGUGGUUGUUAAGCAACGUCAUCCAUGACGUUGCCGCCACUCUGCUGUAUCUGUCCACCAUUGGGAUCAUGAUCUACAAAACCCAAAAGAACUCCUACUGCAACCUGGACGUCUACAAACAUCACUGCUUGUACAAGGUCUACCUCACUGCCUCCGUCUUUGCCUGCCUCACCGCUGGCGUCUAUCUGCUCUCCGCCAUCUACGGCAGCUGCAGGAAAUGUCGAGGUGAGCGGACAGUCAUCUGAAAACUGACUUCAACCUCACACCCUGCCACUGUGAGACAUUUUGGAAAGCUUUUUGGAGACUUAAAAAUCUCUCUUUUUUUUUUUUAUCAAAGUAGAGGGUUGAUCCUCUUGCCUCAGGCUUUCAGGUUUGUUUGUUGCUUUUUAUACAGUAAUUUAUAGAGCUUUUGUACUGCAGUAACACAUGAAGUCUAUUUUACACUUGUGUUUAUGUUGCCGGAGCUCUAUAUACAAGUAGUUUUAUUUUUUUUGUAUUAAAUAACUGACAACUCAAAGAGCGGUUUGUUGCUUGACGAAACCAUAUUCUUCAUGUUUUGUUCUUUUAACCUUUGAUAUGACAUUGAGCGAUUAAACAAUAAGGCUCUGCUUCA